AUGCGCAGCUCAAAGCUGCUGGCUGCCUUCGGUUCCAGGGCAGCUGAGACAGGGCCUAUCCUCUCAAUUGUUACAGGAUCAUACCGUACCGUACAUAUUACUCCGAGCCAGGCUUUCACCAAGAUCCGAAAUGGUAAUCAAUUGAGAUCAUUUGCCUCGAAAUUGACUUCCAAGGCAUCUUCUUGCCGUGUUGGACUUAGUACCGCUCCGAUCUCCCAGCCAGCCACGAGGUCCUCGAUAUUGUCUCAAGUUCGAUGUCUGUCCGUGUCACAGAAACUAAAUAACGCCCAGCCGCCGCUACCUCAACCUCAAAAGGGGAACCGCGACGUCUCCCCAGUCACGGAAAACAAGGAUGAAGGAUUCGAGCUUUCGGAAAAGGCAGCCCAGGCGGCACAAAUCAAUCUGAGCGCCAAGUUAGGACGUGAUGGAAAAGAAAAAGGAAAGAAGCCUGCUCUUAACGAGAUAUGGCGACUCUUAAAAAUCGCGCGACCUGAAGCCAAGUCGCUAGGUCUCGCGUUUUUCUUUCUCUUGAUCUCUUCUAGCAUCACCAUGUCUAUCCCGUUUUCGAUUGGCAAGAUCAUGGACCUGGCAACGAAAGGAGAGGACGCUGAAGGUCUCUUUGGAAUGAGCAUGCCCAUGUUCUACGGCGCACUUGCUGGAAUCAUCUGCGUUGGUGCUGCUGCCAAUUACGGCAGAAUUAUUAUCCUCCGUAUUGUGGGUGAGCGAGUUGUGGCCAGACAGCGUUCAAAACUGUUCAGACGGACUUUCGUUCAAGACGCCGAAUUCUUUGACGCCAAUAGAGUGGGUGACUUGAUUUCAAGAUUGAGUUCUGAUACUCUGAUUGUCGGCAAAUCUAUCACUCAGAAUCUCUCGGACGGUCUUCGGUCGAUUGUGAGCUGUACUGCUGGUUUUGGAGCCAUGGCAUACGUCAGCUUGAAAUUGUCGAGUGUCCUAGCUCUUCUCCUUCCUCCUAUCGGUGUGGCAGCCUUUUUCUAUGGUCGUACAAUCCGCAACCUUAGCCGCAAGAUUCAGAAAAAUCUGGGUACUCUUACUAAAAUCGCGGAGGAACGACUCGGAAACGUGAAGACGAGUCAAGCAUUCGCGGCUGAAGUCUCGGAAGUCGCCCGGUACAACAAUCAAGUCAAGAAGAUAUUUGAAUUGGGUAAAAAAGAAUCACUCAUUAGUGCUUCCUUUUUCAGUUCCACCGGUCUCAUGGGUAAUAUGACGAUUCUCAUACUCUUAUAUGUGGGCGGCGGUCUUGUUCAAUCUGGUGGAAUCACUCUCGGAGAGCUUACUUCCUUCCUCAUGUAUACCGUCUAUGCCGGCUCCAGUCUCUUUGGUCUUUCGAACUUCUAUUCUGAAAUCAUGAAGGGUGUUGGUGCUGCUAGUAGAUUGUUUGAGCUGCAAGACCGAGAGCCUAAAAUCUCUCCCACAAAAGGAGAAGCGGUUAAGAGCGCACGAGGUCCCAUACGCUUUGAAAAUGUCACAUUCAGCUACCCAACUCGACCUGCAGUGACUAUAUUCGAGGAUCUCAAUUUUGAGAUUCCACAAGGUUCUAAUGUUGCAAUUGUUGGACCCUCUGGUGGUGGUAAAUCGACAAUUGCAUCCCUUUUACUCCGUUUCUACAAUCCAGUCUCGGGCCGUAUCCUUAUCAAUGGCAAGGAUAUAUCAAAAAUGAACGCCAAGGCUCUGCGUCGAAAGAUUGGAGUUGUUUCCCAAGAGCCUGUGCUUUUCUCGGGUACUAUAGCUGAGAACAUUGCAUAUGGUGUACCUGGAGCCACAAAAGCUGAGAUUGUAGCCGCCGCAAGGCAGGCCAACUGCCAGUUUAUCAGUGACUUCCCAUCUGGACUUGAGACCAACGUUGGACCACGUGGUGCCCAAUUAUCAGGCGGUCAGAAACAGCGUAUUGCUAUCGCCAGAGCUCUUAUCAAAAACCCAGAUAUUCUUAUUCUUGAUGAAGCAACAUCAGCUCUUGAUGCCGAGUCUGAGACUCUUGUUAAUAGCGCUCUUGCUACCCUUUUGCGGGGAAACAACACAACAAUCAGUAUUGCUCAUCGACUCUCGACCAUCAAGCGCUCAGACACGAUUAUUGUACUGGGCAACGAAGGCCGUGUGGCCGAAAUUGGAUCAUAUCAGGAUCUGAGCAACCGUCCAGAUGGUGCAUUCACCAAGCUUAUGGAAUGGCAAAUGACCGGCGGAGAUGUAACACCUCCGCCAACGAACCCGAGAAAUAUAUCCUUUGAAGAACAAUUGGAGGAACUAGAACGUGAACAAAGGGAGAACGAGAGCGAGAUUGAACCUGACGAAGCCGAACAAGAUGAAGACGAGAAACUUCCGCAGGGAAGAGCCUGA